AUGAAGUUGUUCACAAAUAUAGUCGCGAUCAACGUAAUUCUACUCGGAUUGCUCAGUGGCUUAUCGGCACAAAUGUAUCAGAAAGCCAUCGAUUGGAAUAAAUAUUCUCAUCAGGAAAAGUACACGGAUGUUAUGGCUAGAUCUGACUUCGGAUCGGUUACUGGAUGGAAUAUCAAUCGCGCAAUGAUCUCGAAUGGUGCAUUACGUAUUACGGUUGAGAAAAACGCUCUAUCCGGUGCUGGAGGACUUAUUUCGAACACAAAACUUCCUGAAGGUUCGGCGUACGAGUUGGAUUUUGAUGUUCGAUUUCACAGUGAAUUCAAUUGGAGUCGUGGUGGGAAAGUAGGCUUCGGUCUUGGUAUUGGAAAUGGUAAUACUGGUUGUAAUUUACCAACUGAUGGAGCUGGUGGUACGCUUCGUCUGAUGUGGUAUAACAAUCCCACAACGAAACGAGUCUAUUUCCAUCCGUAUGUUUAUCACUACGGAAUGCCUGGACCGUGUGGAAGUAAUUUUGGUAAAUCUUAUCCGGCGACAGGUAGUAUUGAGAGAGGUAGAUGGUAUAAAGUUCACAUGUAUGUGAAAUCUAAUACUGGAUCGAACACUAAUGGACAUGUACAAAUUAAAAUCGAUGGUGUCGCAGUGAUUGAUCAAAGUAUUCGCUGGACAACAAAUGAUAGUAGACGACUUAUCAAUAAUCUAUCGUUUCACACAUUUCGUGGUGGAAAAGGAGAUGAAUGGAAAUCGGAUAAGGAUGGUUAUAUUUAUUAUGAUAACUUGUCUGUUCGACAAAUCAGUAAAUAA